GAACAUAGCAGGACCAUUAAGGUUGGAAUUGCUUGAAUCCAAUGCAAGAUGCUGCAGUUCCAGCUCAUGGUGGUGCAUUUGGCCCUUGUGAUUGCCCUGCUGUGGUGGAACUCCAGCUCUGUGCUCCUUGCAGAGGCGGCUCCAGAGCCUCUGGAGCCUUCUGCUGCUCUGGGCGUGGGAGACCAUUCCACAGGCAGUGGAGAGAAGUCAGCCACCAACCUGGCAGCCAAACUGUUCCUUCUUGAUGACUUGGUGUCUUUGGAGAACGAGGUGACUGAGACCAAGAAGAAAAGAAGCUUCCCAGGAUUUGGCUCCCCAAUUGACAGAAUUUCUUCAACUUCUGUGGAUGCUAGAGGCAAACAGAGGAAAGUGCUUGAGCUGCCUAAGAGAAGGUUUGGAGUUCCUCUGGACCGGAUUGGAGUGAACCACCUUGGCAACACCAGGGGUUAGCAGUUCCUGCAGAUGCUUCUAUUCUGAAUGAGUGAUGCUGCAUUGGAAACAUUACAGAGAUAUGGAAGAUGCCUCAUAGCAUGUCUUGUUUUUGCCUAAUGAUAUGACACUCAAGGAACUGACCUCCUGCAAAAUCUGU